AUGGCUGCCGAGUCGACUCCCGCUGGGCUUGCCACAGCCCAACCUCGGGCAAUGCUCCUGGUAGUCUGUGACUUUGACCAUACACUCAUCAACGUCAACUCCGACCUCGUCUUAUUCAACGAGCUCUCCUAUGGUCAGCCGCUCCUACCACGCUUCGCUUCUCUGCGCCAGGAACACGCUAUGGGAUGGACGCAAAUCAUGCAGAGCCAACUCGCUGAACUAGCCACCGCAAGAGGCUAUUGCAAAACGGAUGUGCUCAAAUGCCUUCACGACGUCAAAAUGGAUCCUAUUCUCAUCUCUGCGCUUCAGAAGCUGAACGCCAGUCAAAUCCCCGCGGUUAAGCUCAUAAUCGCCUCUGACUCGAAUACCAUAUUUAUCAAUGAGAUCUUGAAGGCCAAUGCUGUCCCGGAAGGGACGUUUGCUUUGGUCUACACGAACGAUGCGACCUGGACCACGGCCGACGCCAUCCAAGUGGAGCCAUACCAGCCGCUUUCCUCGCCUCACCAAUGUCCUCGGAGCUGUCCCGCGAACAUGUGUAAGACCACCAUUGUACAGAGGGCAAGAAAGGCGCUGGGCUUGGAGUCAGCUCAGCAGUUGCAGACAGUUUAUAUCGGCGAUGGCGGCAACGACUUUUGUCCCAGUCUAAGCCUUUCGGUUUCCGACCUUGUGCUUGUGCGUGAUGGCCUUGCCCUACAAAGGUUAAUCGAUAAUGCCACCACGGCUGACAACGAGAGCGAAGGGCAGGGCUCUAGGAACGGGCCAGAAACAGGCCGGCCACUCGCGGAGCAGGUCAUUGCACAGACCAAAACGUGGAAGACUCAGUGUGAGCUUGGCGAGAUGCUGCUGCAGCUUGUUUCCCAAUCUCAAGUCGACGCUGAAGAGAGGGGCAAUGAAAAGGACGCAGUCCAGGCCCUCAGCCAGCGCAUCGAGAUGGGCUUGAGUUUCUAA